AUGAAUACUCCUAAAAGAUCUAACUUUCGAGGAAGAUUUUUUAGAGGGAGAAGGUUUCCCUCGAAAGGCAAAGUUCAAAGUGAUGGGAGUUAUAAACGAAAACCUGAUCAAAUCAAAUCACCUCGUACAUAUAUCACUAAUUCCUCAGAAAAUGGAUUUUCCCAACCGACGGAUUCGUUAGGAAUCGAUUCUGUCCAUAGUGGAUUCCUUAAUCAAAAAGCAUUACCACUUGCUUCAUUCAACAAAAAUUGUCCCUAUCCUGGUUGGUUAUUAUACUUUCCAACUCGAUUGUAUGAAAAUUCAUCAAAAGUUUCAGCUUACUCAAAAAUAACACUUGAAUUUAUUACUGACUUAAUAGAAAAAUCUGGAUAUAAUCUUCUAUUAAAUCCUUAUACUGUUGAUACUGUAUCAAAUUUGGUUGGAAAUGCUCUGGAUUGGAUAAAAAUUGAAACACAGGGUGCUGUACUCAUUGACUAUUCAUCAAUUAUUCACUCUAAAUUAUUACAAGAUAAAUUACACAUAAACAAAUGUUUUAAUGAUAAUGCAACAGGUGGUAUAGAAUGUGCUGAACAUUGUGAAAUAAUAUUACGAGCUUUUGGUUUAGCACUACAUACUUUAUGCUAUCGAACAGCUUAUCAACACGACUCUGUACCGGAUAUUUUUAAAGUUGAAAAUGAAUCGAUUGGAGUAAAUACACGUUUACCUGGUUAUAUUGCUGCACGUAUUGUAAAUCAUUCACCGAUUACUCCUUUACGAAAAUUACGUGCUCAUCAUUUAGGACAAUUCAUAUCAGUCAAAGGCAUUGUUGUAAGACUUGGUCCAGUUGAACCAGUGUGUCAUCGUUUAGUGUUUGAAUGCUGUCGUUGCGAAAUGAAACAAGUAUUAAUACUACCAGAAAAUGGUAAUUAUGCUAUACCAAGUAAAUGUCCAACAAAAGAUUGUCGAUCUAAAAGUUUUGAACCAUUAUUAAAUCAUCCUGAUACAUUAACAAUAGACACACAGAUCGUUACAAUUCAGGAAGCAUCAUCGGAUAAUCAUGAAAUUGAUGGAAAUCAUCGUGAUGCAUCCAGCUCAAGUGUUACAUCAAUUGGUCGAAGUGCACGUUGUUUAGCAUGUCGACUAGAACGGGAUUUAAUUGAUUCCUGUAUUCCAGGUGAUGUAUUACAUUUGACUGGUUUAAUUGGUCUCAUUAGUUCGGAUGGUUUAGGAGCAUCAUCAUCUUCCAACUCUGCUUACUCGUCAUCUUGGUCAAAUCGUCGUGGUGCAACAAUGUACAGUCUAAUUAUGAAUGUAAAUAGUUUGAUCUGUUUAAGUGGCGGGGGUGGUGGACGUAACUCUGGCAGGUUAACUGGCGAUGAGAAUCAACGUUUGUUGAUUUUAUCAUCGAAUGAAUCUGAGCAACCCGACAGCCAAAUAAAGAGUGAUGGUGAUAUGAGCAAAGUUAUAUCCAGUUUAGAUAGUGAAUUUUCAAUGAAAGAUUUAUAUGCAAUACGUGAAAUAAGUGAACAACCAAAUUUAUUCCGUUUACUAGUCUGUUCAUUAUGUCCUAGUAUAUGUGGUCGUGGUCUCAUUAAAGCUGGCCUAAUAUUAGCUUUAUUUGGUGGAACACAAUCCACAACAGAUAGAAGUGUAAAACGUCGUAUUCGAUUAAAACAACAUAAACGACAACAUGAUCGAGAUGUUUUCGUUGAAAAUAAUGAAUUGAUUUGUGAAAAUAACAAUACAACAAAAAGGAAAAUGAGUAAUUCACAUGAAGCUAUUGAUCAUAUCGAUGGUCCUACAUCUUAUCGAUUAGGGUUUUUUCAAAAUAAUAAAAAUAACACUUUUGAUGGUGAUGAUGAUAAUGAGGAGGAGGAGGAGGAGGAGGACGUGGACAACGAUUCCAUUGACGAUAGUCAAUCUGAUAAUUUAUCAUUAACUGAUGAAAAUAAAGAGAAUAGUUGUAUUAAUCAAUCUGAUAAUGAUAUCCGAUUAUCAAACUAUACAGAAUUAAAUUAUGAAUCAAGCUUAGUUCGUCGUUCUGCUUCACAUGUACUCAUUGUCGGUGAUCCUGGAUUAGGUAAAAGCCAACUACUUCGGGCUGCUGCAAGUUUAGCUCCAAGAGUUUUAUAUGUAUGUGGAAAUACAGCGACAGCUGCUGGUUUAACUGUCAGUACAAUUCGUGAAGGUAACAAUAGCGGUGGGGGAUUCGGUCUAGAAGCUGGAGCAUUAGUUUUAGCCGAUCAGGGUUGUUGUUGUAUUGAUGAAUUUGAUAAAUUAACAUGUGAUCCAGCUGUACUUCUUGAAGCUAUGGAACAACAAUCAGUUAGUGUUGCACGUGGUGGUCUAGUAGCAAAUUUACCAGCUCGUGCAGCUGUUCUAGCUGCAGCUAAUCCUAUAAAUGGUCAUUAUGAUAUAACACGACGUUUAGAUGAAAAUCUACGUAUACCACCAGCUUUAUUAUCCAGGUUUGAUUUAAUAUUUGUAUUAUUGGAUCAUCCAGAUGAAGUAGCUGAUCGUCUUCUAUCAGAACAUGUUACAGCUGUUCAUACUGGGAAUUGGAAACCGUCUAGUUUUAUAUGUUCUCAAACAAUAAAUCAACAUGAUCGUUGUAAUACUGACACUGGAGUUGGUGCCACUGUACAAGAGUUUGAUUCUAGUAUUCCAUUAAGUCAACGAUUAGAAUUACUUGUUGGUGAGAGAAUUGAUUAUAUACCUCCAGUAUUAUUGCGUAAAUAUAUUAUGUACUCUAGAAAAUAUGUGAUGCCAUGCCUUUCUAAUGAAGCAGCCAUAACUCUACGUGAUUUUUAUUUAGAACUACGUAAACAUCGUCAUAGUCGUGAUACAUUUCCUGUAACUUUACGACAACUCGAAUCAUUAAUUCGUUUAACACAGGCAAGAGCUAGAGCUGAACUACGAGAAGAAGCAACUAAACAGGAUGCAUUAGAUGUUUGUGAAUUAAUGCAAUCAACUGGUUUAGGUAGCGGUUUUAUCACUGGUACACCAGCUAAUGUAAGUCUUAGUGAAAUGAAUAAUUUACUCAAUACAACAUUAUCAAAACGAAUUAAUUCAUCAUCAACUGGACCAGGCGCUGCUAAACGUCUGUUAGCUGCACUUGAGAUAACUUCAAAACGUACAAACAGUCGAUUAUUUACAAUGCCAGAAAUUAAUACUAUUGCUAAUGAUAUACAUAUUGCUUCAAAUUGUAUUAUGACUUUAUUAGAUCGAUUAAAUGAAUCCGGUGCAAUACUUAAACGUGGCGCCAAUCUAUAUAAACUUGUUUAA